AUGAUAUCUGCAGCACAAGGUGCCUGGGAGGCAGAAAACUCUAUCCUGACCAUCUAUCCGGUCCAGAAUGCUCUCUACAAUUAUGAUCCGAAAGAACAAAAGAAGGUGGAUGCGGACCGACCUUGGUCCAAAAAUCCUAAUCAUUUCACUACCUGCCGCAUCUCUGCCCUCGCCCUCCUUAAGAUGACAAUGCAUGCCCGCUCCGGUGGCAAUAUUGAAGUCAUGGGCUUGAUGACAGGCUAUGUCUCAGGAACGUCUAUCAUUGUCACCGACGCCUUUCGCCUACCAGUUGAGGGAACAGAAACCAGAGUCAGUGCUCAGUCCGAAGCGGACGAGUACAUGGUCAACUAUCUGACAGCUUCGCGAGAAGGAGGAGGGAGAUUGGAGAACGCUGUGGGCUGGUACCACUCUCACCCGGGCUAUGGCUGCUGGUUAUCCGGCAUAGACGUCGCCACACAAAUGCAACAACAAGCCUUCGCUGAUCCUUUCGUCGCUGUUGUCAUCGACCCCGACCGCACCGUCUCUGCCGGAAAAGUGGAGAUUGGCGCCUUCAGAACAUACCCAAAAGAUUACAAGCCGCCAAAAUCCUUACAAGAUGACGCAGAUGAAUAUCAGACCAUCCCAACUGGCAAGAUUGAGGAUUUCGGCGCCCAUGCUUCAAGCUAUUAUGCCCUCGAGGUAUCUCAUUUUAAAUCUACACUCGACACCCAUCUCCUCUCACUUCUGUGGAAUAAAUACUGGGUUGCCACACUGUCUCAAUCUCCUCUCUACACCAACCGCGAUUACGUCAACUCACAGAUAUCCGACCAUGCCUUGAAAAUCAAAGAUGCCGCUCGAAAGCAAAAAUUCGCCAGUGCUCUGCCAAGGCAAGAACUUAUGGGGACCACGCCAGGCCAGAUAAAACUUUAUAAGAAUCAGAGUAUUGAGCAGGUGGUGAAAGGCGGAAACAAGAUUGCACAGGAGGAGAUGGCGGGGUUGAUGGCGGGGAGGGUCAAGGAGAGAUUGUUCUUUGGAGUUGUGGAUGAAGCAAGGAGGAUAGGCGAGGGACAGACUAAUGGAGCGGUGGUGGAGGAGAUUCUACAGCAGGGUUGA